CCGCCCGCCGAGCAGCGCCUAAGAAAGCUCCAUCCAGCCUAGCCCAAGGAUGGAGUCCCUCCCUGAAGCAGUCCUGAUCAGAAUCCUGGCUUCCAUACCUGCGGUGGAUUUGGUGCUGGCGUGCCGGCUGGUCUGCUGCCAGUGGAAGAACCUGGUCGAUGGAGCUGCGCUUUGGAUCCUGAAGUGUCAGCAGGAAGGCCUCACUGGAGCAGAGUCACAGGAGAAUGCAGAGAACUGGCAAAACUUCUACUUCCUGAGUAAGAAAAGGAAGAAUCUCAUCAAGAACCCAUGUGGUGAAGAAGACUUGCAGCACUGGGGAGAGGUAGAGAAUGGAGGUGAUGGCUGGAAAAUUGAAGAGCUCCCUGGGGACUUUGGAAAAGAAUUCCCUAGUGAAGAAGUCCAUAAAUACUUUGUUACAUCUUAUGAGUGGUGUCGAAAGGCUCAGGUCAUUGACCUUAGGGCUGAGGGCUACUGGGAGGAGCUGAUGGAUACAACCCAGCCUAAAGUUGUGGUAAAAGACUGGUAUGCAGGACGCAGUGAUGCCGGCUGCCUCUAUGAGCUCUGUGUGAAGCUGCUCUCAGAGAAUGAGGAUGUUCUGGCUGAGUACAAAAGUGAGACUAUUGCCAUCCCACAGGACAGUGACGCCAACUGGACUGAGAUCUCCCACACCUUUUCCAACUAUGGGCCUGGGGUCCGCUUUGUCCGCUUUGAACACGGUGGCCAGGACACACUAUUCUGGAAGGGAUGGUAUGGCGUACGUGUUACCAACAGUAGCGUGACAGUGGAGCCAUAGCCAUGCUGAACUGGGGCCUGCAUGCUGGAGCUGACUUCCCUCAGGGCAUCCCAUGGCCUUCAGAUGGUUUCUGCAUGGUGCUUCUUCCAGGCUGUAGAGCAUACAACCUUUCUGCAUAUGAAUGUGCGUGCAAGAUGCCAGGGGCCACCGUCCAUGUUUUCUCAAGAGGACUAUGCAAAGAACGUGAAUAGAUUUGUGAGUGGACCACAUGAGACUCAGCCUCGCCACUUGCACUGAUGUUCUUUGUCAGACAUGAGAUCACCUAAAAAUCCUGCAGACCUUACUUCUCUCCUAAGCCACUAACCCCUAGCACCCAGCCCGAGCUAGACACCCCUCCUGCCUGCUUCCCAGACUUGGGCACCCCUUAACUUUAAGGGGUACUUUGGGCAUAUUUUCUGGAAGUUAAAAGAGUGGAAAAAAAAGGAAGAAAGAAAAGCAUAGACCUUGUGUCUGAGAACAUACCAGGGAAACCCAGAGCCCUGUCACAUCUCUGUCACCAACUGCUUCCAUGACCUGCAGUGAGAACCUUAGCUUCUCCAAUUUAUAAACAAUAGAUGUCAUUGCUUGCCACACAGGAGCUCUAGCUUGGCUGCCAAGUGCUAUUAGUUUAAUUUUUAGUGAUAAUGCAAACCAGUAGGGAUUGGAUCCUUUUCUCUUACACUGUUCCCAGCAUCCAUUUAUUAAGGAAAGUGUUGGGAACUGAAACCUCUCUGGAGUCCAACCCUGGGGCUUCAUUUGGCUCCCUCAGACAGAUGGCAACUGAGAGUAAUUGCUGGGAGACAGACAAAAAGGACUUGGGGAAACGGGUUAGAAGCAAAUUGGGGAGGGGGUCCAGGAACAAAUUAACAACUCAGCUGCUCUUUCCUGGCCUCUGCAUGCUUCAUGCAAGAAGCACCCUAGUCAUCCAGUAUGACUCUUUGCAGGCAGGAGAUAUUCUUCACACAGAAAGCUGUUGUUAGCCCCACUUGAUCUCAGUUCUUCCUGCCUACUGACAGUGUCUGCAAAAAGUACACGUCUGCCUCCACUCCAUAUGUUCACUGACAAGACAGUACUUCAUACAUACUCCCACUAGUGCCUCUUGAUACCACUCAGGGCUGUGAGCCACCAUCCUGAACAAAGACACCUAAUCUUCCGUGAGCCAAGCCUGUCCCUGCUAGUUAGUCCUCUCAGAAGAGCAUCCCCUUAAUAGAGCUGGUGUUACCUAGAGAGAUAGGCACUUACAUUUGUGUGUCCAUCUGUCUGUCUUCCCUUCCUGGGCUGCCAGCGCAUACAUACUUGAAUGCCACUUUGCAUCAAAGUGCACCAUUACAAGUGCAGUGUACUACUAUUACCUGUAGCCAAAGGAGAGAGCUUCCGAGCUGAUCACUUUGUGCACGUUCUGCUUCAUCAGGCUUUCUGCACUGCUGCACCUGGAUGCCUAGGGCGCACUGGCCUUCCAAACCACAGCCAUGCCAAGCGAAAGUCCAGGCAAACAUAAUAAAAUGACACAA